AUGGGUGACAGCGCGGCGGCGUUGUGGGAGAGUGAGCUACUGCGUGCGCGUCAGUGGCUUAAAUCUAGACAUAAGGACAAACAGGAGGAGAGCGAGUGGCUUUUUCAGCGCGUGAAGAUGCAUAUUGGCUUUAAGGAUCACCAGCAGUCACUGCAGAGCCAGGCCGUGGCUAGCGAGGACGAAGAUGAUACAGCGCUGGCAUUUCUGGGUGACAUAGACGCGUCAGAUAUGAGUACUCUAUUGCAGGCUGAGGCGGCCAAUAUAGCAGCUGCUGUACCGCUCUUAGAGAUCGUGCCGCCAGUGAAAAGCCACAUGCCAAAUGCAAGGGAUCUGAUGAUACCACUGGAGAUGCCAGUAAACUUGAUAUCACCUCGUUUGAAUUCCAAGUCGGUAUCCACGCUGCAGUUGGAUCCGAAGAGUGCAACGACAACAGACGCUGGUGUGACGUUGGUAACUGAGGCUGAUGUUCAGGAAUUAAUGCAAGAACUAGCAUUGGACACAAUUCAUUUGAAGCAGUUUGAUAUUGAUGAAGAAAAGACAGAGGAGAGUACACCACCACACAUAUUGAAGAACUAUGGAGGGGUGAACACGACAGCAAACAAUGAGGCAAAGCAAUUUAAGUAUAUGCCGCAAGUAUCAUUGAAGAGUCCACAAUCGCCAGAAAAGAAGAAGGCAGAUUCAAUUGCUACAAUGCAGGAAGAUGAUGUUACCGACGAGAUGUUGAGUUGGGUCUCAGGCUAUCGUGACCCGGAGGUAAUUCGACGCAAAGAAAAUAUGCGAAAGAAGCGAAAGAAUACUCGCUGGUACGGUAUGGCGUCAGAAGAAGAAAGCCGUCAGGUCUUGAUGCAGGUUGAGAAGAUCACGCACGAUAGCAAAGAUAACAGUGGCAGUGACGACAACUCGAGCAGCGACUAUUUGCCAGUGGAGGAGGACGAUAAUUCUGGACCAGACGACAACGAAGAGAUUGUUUUUCUUAGUGAUGCUAAUGUGGACAGUGAUGAAGAGAGAGGAAAGUGGAAGAGAAAGCGGUUACAUCAAGCGCGUGGCUCAUUAACGAAAAAACGACCGCACUCACGAAAAUCAAUCGUCACGCGCAAAAAAGUGGUCGAGCAAAGUGUUAUUAGACGCAAUAGAGACAAUUUACAAAAAGUGCAACUAGAAGCUAGUUCUGCAGGGAUUAAAGCUAAGCGCAACCUAGGUGCUGGCGAAAGAGCAUUAACAGAAGCACACCCAAAAAGCACAUCAAGCCAACCGAUUGAGUAUCGGUCCUAUAAAGAUGAAAAAGCCGAGACAAAUAACAGGAACAGUGUGGCGGAAAUGGUGGAUCACACGUCAACGAUCAGCCACGGUGCUGAUUGCGCCAGCAGCAAUGCGACAGAGCCCGAACAGUUGAAGGUUUUGAUCAACUUGCGAGAUUCUCCUCUGAAAGAAACCAAUUCAAGUAACAUGCAACAAGAUCGUGGUCUAGCAAGUGAUUUGAGUAAAGCAGCCCCAGUCUUCACAUGCAGCGAAGCUGCAAUUGGAGAUAGAACUUGUGAAUCGGUUCGCAUCGUUUGUGGAUCAAUCGAAUCAUUUGGAAGUCCAACAGCUAAUGAAAAGGCAAACUCUGACGAUGCUGAUCUAUCGAAGGCAAUGACUUUGAAGGGCACAGAAUUGUUACGUCAUAACCAGGAACAGCGUAAUGAAGCAAGCACUGCUUCUACGACUGAAGUUGUGAUUGGCAACUACUCUGCUGCGCAACUAGAUGAUGCUGCGGUGAAUGCCACGAUAGUAUACAAACGUACCCAUGGCGAAUUGAAGCAGAGCGUAGAAGUGAGCGACGAUGAUGUUUCAGAGGCCGAAACAGAAAUAUUGGAAGACGAUGAGUUGGACACGGACAAUCUUGAGCUUGAACUAAGUGCUGAAAGCGAUGGGAGAAGUAGUAUACCAAUGGACCAAAAGGAAAGUUCAAUGGGUGCCCAGAAGGAUGCUUUAGACAACACGGACGGUGAAAUAAAAACUGAAACGACAGUAAGACACGAUCAACAUAGCAGCGCUGACUCUAAGCAAGAAGCGUCGAACGAUCAGAAAGAGGAUAAGGUUACGGCGUCGAUGACUGGAGUGCAGCAAUUUUUUGAUUUUGUGCCGCUUAAGUUGAAGUCCAAGGUCAAGACAGUAAGCUCCAUAGCCCCAAAGCCAUUACCAUUCCACAGCUACACCGUGACUCACUCCAAGGCAGGGAACAGUUAUGUCGAGAGCCAAUCAGCCAAGUCCAAGAAAACCGGAGUUGUGCCAUCGACGCCAUCACUUGGUUCGAACGGGCUUCGUCCAAGUCAAAAACCUAUCGCAACAAUCACGACAACGAAGGGCAAAUAUUUGUCAACACGACGCUGUAUUAAAGUGCUGAGUGAUACUCCAGACGCCAAGCGACAACCUAAAAGACAGUACACAAUGGUGGCCACGGAGAAAACGAGAAACAGUGGCAUACAUGUUCUUGAUGAUGAACCACUGGCCAUUUUGGCGAAAGAAUUGUCACAAAAUCUAGAAGACACACCACAAACUAGGUAUCUAUCGUAUGGGGGGGCAAAAAAAGCUGAGGAACCUCCAAGUUAUAUAGCAGAGACGCCUCGCCUUGUUCCAAAGUCACGCUUCGGUGGGGGCCUGCAGUCAAGUUCUUCUGCAGUACAAACCUCCUCGGUAGCAUCCAAUGGCCAGCAUUCUCAAAUGAUCGAUAAAACUGUCAUCAGAGGCGGAUACAGGCGAGACCCUCAAAUAAAUAUUUAUGAUGCCCUGCACUUGGAUAGACAAGAGAGUGCUAUUGAUGUUUGCGAAAAGACGGACUACAAACGUCCCAGUCGCUUUAAGACUAUGCAGGCGGAAGCAGCUCGAAAUGGCACACCAAUGGUCAAAAGCCAAUUGAAAGACAAGGAUUGGGAGAAGAUGCCAAUACCUAGGAAAAGAAAGCAAGCGCGUCAAGCUGACGAGGAUGCACUAUUACAGCCUUCAAGUACGAGGGACCAGGGCAGUAAAAGUGAUGCUGGAAAAUCUCGAAAUAAAGAUCGCAAGAAGAAAUCUGCGUCAUCGAAUAAAAGCUCAAGUUAUUACGGUCCGCAAGCUUUUCAACUUGUAACAUCGAGUAAGCAUGACUUGCCUUCACGCGGACAAUGUAGCCGAGAACGCAGCAGCUGCAGGCGCGAGAACGAUCGUAAGAGAAAGCAAUCAUUAUCAUCGCCGUCUAGAGAUCGGAAUCAUUAUGAUAGAAAACGUAAGUCAAGUGAUGGUUACAGGCGUAGAGGUUCGUCUCGUUCAAGGUCUCAUUCACCAAGUCCCCGAAGCCGAGAUUAUCGUAACAAUCGCAAACGCCACCGUUCGCGUUCAAAGUCCCGGUCGCGGGAGAAGUCAAGUGAGCGUGAACGCCGACGUUCCGACCAAACAAGUCCGACCGACCGCGAUCGUGAUUGUCAUCGAAAAACUAAUAGCAAGAAAAAGCGUGUAUCAUUUUCUCCAGAAUACCGCGAUUCGAGCAAAAAGGAAAGGCUAGCUAAGCCGCCAAAGCUAGUUGAAGUUUGCCAAAAUGGUAAAAAUAAAACUGGAGACAUUGAUAGAUUUACCAAGAAGAAGAAGAUAUUUCAUUCCACGGUAGCACCUUCUUCACUAAACGCGCUGACCACGUUGGAUGACGAGGAAGACAACUUGUUUAUCUCAGACUCGGAUGAUGAUGAGAAUGCUUUAAUAAUGGAAGUUGAAGACAUUCGCAUUGACCUGGAUAGCGUUCCAGUUGAUGAAGCUCUGAUCACGAGGCAGGUGUAUGUAACGGGACUGAACCCUACUGUGUGUGCGGAACAGAUUGAGGAGGAUUUUGCACGCUUUGGUGUCGCGGUUGAUCGAGAGACUGGGUUUCCCGCCAUCGAGCUCUUUGCGUGCCAGCGCAACUAUCUCGGUCGGGGUGACGCGUGCGUGACAUUUGAAACAGAAGAAGGAGCACAAGAGGCAGUAGAGGAGCUUAACUUAAAAAACGUGAAGAAUUCGAUGAUUCAAGUGCGACGGAUGGACAUUCAUACCCAGCGCAUACUAACAUUGCAGUUUCGAGCGGUACGAGAGACGUGGAAGUGCACUAAAACACAAUGUCGUGCCAACGUGAGCGUGUGGAACGCCAAGUGCGACAAGUGCGGACGGAAGCGUGUGUAUGGACCGAGCAACAUCAAGAUUGGAGCUGAUUCGUGGUUAUGCUCACUUUGUUUCACCGCAAAUGAAUCAUUCGCCGCGUCUUGCCACGGUUGCAUGGAGUCACUGCCUGAAGUCGAUCGCUCAACCUUUUAUAUACCUCCUGACCCCAGUCGGCUCUAUUAG